AUGGCGAACGCAGCUGCCGAUCCCGGCGUUGGCCGAAUGGAUGGGCUAGUGGACAUGAUCGAACAGUUCGGCAUGCCGGCCCUUCCGUCCGGCAUCUCGCCGGCACCGGGAAUGUGCAACGGGAGCCGCACCGCGUACCAACCGCACCCGGAACCGGCGUACAACCUCAACCAGGACACGGUGCUGAGCGUCCCGACGGCCACCAGCUUCCCGGGCGGGUUUCCGGGGGACUUUUCGCUGCUCGUGGCACUGCGCACCAGCGGCGCCCUGGAGAGGGCGCCACUGUUCGUGAUGUACUCGUCCGACUCGGAGGAAACGCUCAUGCUGAUGGUAGGGCGCGAUGUGGCCCUUUACUACUACGACGGUAACCCGGAGGACGACGAGCAGGACCAAUAUCAGAACAUGGUCAGCUUCGGGGUGAGCGUGGCCGAUGAGCGGUGGCAUCGACUCGGUGUCAGUGUCAAGGGCAAUUCGGUCACGCUGAUCGUCGACUGCGAGACGCAGAUCACGCGCCCACUGAACCGACGGCCAGGCGUCCAGCUGGCGACCGACGGCCUGAUCCUUACCGGACUGCAGCUGAACGAGGAGAACGGGUUCUUUACGGGUGACCUCCAAAUGCUGCUGAUCGCCAACACUCCAGACGAAGCGUACCACGUCUGCACGAAGUACGCUCCCGACUGCGCGGGCGGAGGAGAAUCCGCCGGAUCCGCGGUCAGCGUCGUGCGCUCGCAGAACACGUCAUCAUCGUCACAGACGGGUUCACGGGUUGUCUCUACCAGUAUCCGCGAUCAGGUGUCCCGCGAGGCGAUCUCCGUCGGUGGAUCCCUUGGGAAGCAGGUACCCUCGACUACGGCAACGCCUGUUGGGGCCGGCAGUGGCCGUGACUUCGUCGACCUGGACGGUGAUGUGGAAGGUUUGGGGCCGAUCGGCGAGGACGAUGACUACUACACCAACCUGGAGUUUGGGGGCGAGAUCAAUCGGGCCGGAGUUGUGGUGCCUCCGGCGGCAGGCACCACAGAGCGGGGUGUGAAUCGCUCGACCGGAGGGGUCCUACCCGGCGCUUCCUACGAUCAGCGACACCCCAUUUUGCCACUUCCCGAUCCAGAGUACGAUGCUGCCGCUGGUGCGAGGAAUGUCCCGCGAGCUCCUCCUUCGAACGGAACCCAAGCCGGACACGGACCAGAGCAGGAAGAGAAUGAGGAUCGUUCCGUGAGCUUUCCGACGCAGUCGAGGGUGACCAUCGUCGGGGGCAUAAAGACGGUCCGCGGACCAAGAGGACCCCCCGGAGAGCCCGGUCCGAAGGGUGACCCGGGACGCGAUGGCCUAUCGGGGCAGUCGGGACCAUCUGGACCGCCGGGGCACGUCUUCAUGAUGCCCCUCGUUUCAGCCGGCAACGAGAAGGGUCCGGACUCGCAGGCGGAAGCUCUACGGCAGAUGCUGUCCCAACAUAUGACGGCGAUGCGCGGUGCCGACGGGCCGCAAGGACUGACCGGAGUGCCCGGAGCCGUGGGACCGCCUGGACCGGAGGGCAUGAAAGGGGAACCGGGCGACGUUGGGGAACAUGGACCGAUCGGGCCGCGUGGUGUGGUUGGUGCCAAGGGCCGUGAAGGACGCCGAGGACGCUCGGGACGGGACGGUGAGCGAGGGGCAACCGGGCUGCAGGGUGCCAAAGGAGAGCAGGGCCCCAUCGGAUUGCCCGGUUUCCUCGGCGAAAAGGGAGAACGAGGCCGACAGGGACAGGCCGGUGAGAAGGGCAGCCAGGGUCACGAUGGGGCACAGGGAGAAGACGGACCGCCCGGCCUGCCUGGAGUAACGGGGGAGCUGGGUCCACGUGGAUUUUCCGGACCGCGAGGAUUCCCAGGACCGUCCGGUAACCCAGGACUCCCCGGCACGGAAGGGGUAUCGGGCUCGAAGGGAAAUCCAGGACCCCAAGGCCAACCAGGAGCGCCGGGACAAACGGGAUCCACGGGACCGGUAGGACCGCCUGGUCCGCAAGGCAAUCUGGGCCCCCCCGGCAUUCCGGGCCCCCACGGUAAACCGGGCCUUCCGGGGCUCCCAGGGGCAGAUGGGCCCCCGGGGCGGGACGGUAACCCGGGAACGGGUGGCCCGAAAGGCGACGUCGGACCGCAGGGAGUGCAGGGCCCAAUCGGAUUUCCCGGUACCCGUGGGCCCAAGGGUGACGACGGGGAGCGUGGAACUGCGGGCGACAAGGGCGAGAAGGGCGAACAAGGACACGACGGGGACAAGGGCGAUAUGGGGCAGGUGGGUGAACGGGGACUGACCGGACCGCACGGCGUAUCGGGAUCGGAGGGUCCCGAGGGCCCGAAAGGCUUCGAGGGACCACGCGGCGAGACGGGCAUGAUGGGGCUGACUGGCGACAAGGGCAAACAGGGUGUGCAGGGUUUCCCCGGAUACCCAGGACCACCGGGCGACAAGGGCGAUAAAGGAUCCUUCGGAAUGGCCGGGCUGCAGGGAGAAAAAGGCGAACGGGGCAACACCGGACUCCAGGGAGAACGUGGAGAAGUCGGUCCGAGAGGCUUCAGGGGACCACGCGGCAGACGCGGAGCGGAUGGUUCCACGGGUCCGAAGGGAGACACCGGUCAGCCAGGAUCGCCCGGUGCGCAGGGAGAGAUCGGUAUGCAGGGUCCGGAGGGGCCACGCGGUUUCAUCGGACUGCCCGGGCCGACGGGCAACAACGGCAAGGAUGGGCCACCGGGAACUUCGGGCGAACGAGGACCACCGGGUGACAAUGGAAAUCCGGGACCAAUCGGGGCCCCCGGUGUCGUUGGACCGCAGGGGCCAACGGGAGAACCGGGCCCCGUCGGUGAACCGGGCAUACCAGGCCUGCCAGGACUCCCAGGGGAGCCGGGCGUUGCGGGAGACACGGGCAAAGAAGGACAGUCCGGUCCACCGGGACCCCCGGGGAAGAAUGGCCCACAGGGUGGCCAAGGAUUGCCCGGAUUCCCCGGUGAACGAGGUAUGCUGGGGAUGCCAGGACUGCCGGGGCUGAAGGGCGAGCUUGGGCUGCCCGGAAUGGUUGGUCCGAUUGGUGACAAAGGGCAACCGGGUGGCCCGGGUAAGGAAGGACCACCGGGGCCGGAAGGACGUCCAGGACCGCCGGGACCACCCGGCCCGUCAGGUGGCAAAGGAGAGCGCGGAGAGCAGGGUUUGGUAGGGCCGGUCGGACGCGAUGGAUUGCCCGGCCAGCGAGGCCUAGCCGGUGUCCCAGGACCAGUUGGACCACCGGGGGAGGACGGCGACAAGGGUGACAUGGGUCCACCAGGAGAGAAGGGCUUCAAGGGAGCCCAAGGAGAAGCGGGCCCCGUUGGAUCACCCGGAACACAAGGCAGCCGUGGGGAGCCGGGAGCGUUGGGACCGCAGGGUGAAAAAGGACCCCCGGGCGAGAUGGGCCGCAGUGGACCGAAGGGAGAGGACGGUCCGACGGGACUGCCAGGAUCGCCGGGUCCAGCCGGACCGCAAGGAAUGCCGGGUCCUUCGGGAAUGAAGGGUGGCCGCGGAGAUGAUGGGCCGCUGGGCGCAGUUGGGCCGGCCGGACCACCCGGAGAAGCGGGUCGACGAGGACCGCGUGGUGCCGAAGGGGGCCCAGGAGCACCAGGAUCACCGGGACCGCAAGGAAUCGCCGGUGAAUCGGGACCACAGGGACCGCCUGGUCCGCUCGGACCCGAAGGUAAGGAAGGCGAAAAGGGUGCGAUGGGCCCGAAGGGCGAGGAAGGCAAAUCGGGGCCGCCGGGGCCACCAGGAAAGCGAGGCCAACCGGGACCGGAAGGAUCGAAGGGUGUCGCUGGACCGGCCGGGUUCCCCGGAAGCCCUGGCGAGCCCGGCCUCAUCGGAGCGAAAGGUGAGCUGGGCAAGGACGGUGAGGAUGGGAAGCAGGGAGAACCGGGGAUGGCCGGUGAAGCUGGACCACCAGGACCUCCGGGCGAAAUCGGUCCCCCCGGGAAGGUAGGUCCGGAAGGACCGGCCGGCCUGCAGGGCACCACCGGGGUGUCCGGUGAGAAGGGCGACCGUGGAUUGCCAGGACCGCAGGGAAACCAAGGACUCACCGGACCCCAGGGAAUGCCAGGAUCGCAAGGAGCUUCAGGCUUGCGAGGAUCGCCGGGUCCGUCGGGUGAAAUCGGCCCAGUGGGCAAACCGGGAGAAUCCGGCGCUCCGGGUAAAACUGGCGACGUGGGAGAGAAAGGUCCGAAAGGGGACCGCGGACGUCGUGGUCUGAAGGGACACCGCGGUGAACUGGGUCUCGUCGGUCUGAAGGGCGAUGCCGGUGAGAAGGGUGACAAGGGCAUACGUGGUACGGUGGGGCCGGAGGGGCCGAAAGGUGACCACGGACCGCUGGGCUUGCUCGGUCCGAAAGGAAACGACGGUCCACAAGGGCCGCCGGGUCAUGAUGGGCCAACCGGACCGAAAGGAACCGAAGGAAUGGCUGGUUUGCGAGGAGAACCGGGCCCACCAGGAGCGCCAGGACCGCCGGGACCUCCGGCCGACGCACCACUCAUUCCGCCCGAGCUGCUGUUCCGGAUGAACGAGUUUACGCUCACGAAGGGAGAGGACCGCAGCAAACGUGACGUCGCCGAUGAGGCGGCCGGCCCCGAGCCGGAGGACGACCUCGACGACUUCGACGAAGAAGUCUUGAAGGUUGAACCGCGCAAGAAGAAGAAGAAGAAAUCGAAGGCGAAACCGGCCGACCUGGGACCAAAGUUCCUCGACAUGUACAGCUCGAUCUACUCGAUGCGCCAGGAGCUGGACCGUAUUCGGAAGCCGGUCGGAACGCGCGAGAACCCGGCACGCACGUGUCGCGAUCUGCACCACGGACAUCCGCAGUUUCAGGACGGUUGGUACUGGAUUGACCCGAAUCUGGGUAUGGGCGACGAUGCGGUGUACGUGUUCUGCAACAUGACGUCCGCCGGUGAAACGUGCGUCUUCCCGGACAUUCACAGCUCGCAGAUGCCGACGAUACCGUGGCGCAAGGAGAACGACAAAACGGACUGGUACUCCAACUUGCGCGGCGGAUUUCGGAUUUCUUACGAAACCAUCGGCACAGUACAGAUGACGUUCCUGCGGCUACUGUCGCAGGAAGCGUACCAGAACUUUACGUACGCCUGCAUGAACAGCGUCGCGUGGUACAGCACGAAGGACGAAAGCUACGACAGUGCGCUCCGCUUUUUGGGCGACAACGAGAUCGACAUCGGGUACGAGCAGGCGAAGAUCAAGCCAACGGUCCUGGUGGAUGGCUGCAAAACCGGGCGCAGCAAGAGCGAAACCGUGUUCGAGGUGCGAACGGCUAAGCUGCAGUAUCUGCCGAUCAUCGAUUUCUAUCCGAUCGACUACGGAUUGCCGCAGCAAGCGUUCGGCUUCCAGGUCGGUCCGGUCUGUUUUAAGUAG